GUUCUGCGGAAAGCGCUCCGGGGGGGAGCGCGUGGAGCGGAGGCGGUACGGACCGAGAGUUGAGCGUGGUGCAGGUCGGCAUCCCCUCGGGUCGGGUGGCUCGGGCCGGACGCCGGCCAGGCCCAGCGGAGGUCUCACUGCGGGCUAGUGCUGCGUGUGGCGUGCCCGUGGGGGCAAGACUUGAGUGGUCUGGGGCCUAAAUGAAGCCUUAUUAGGCUUCCCGAGUCGGCGUUGCUCACUCCUGGCAAGGCCAGCUCCCUGUGAGCACCGAUCUGUAAUUCAGGCUUUGGCGUGGUUUCGGCAUGGUCGCGGGAAAAGGAAACCAGAUGUGUGCUGUUACCGUCAGCCGAUAAGCAGACGCGUUUCUUGUGUGUCUAUUUCUUGGGAAUGUGAGACAAGUAUAGUAACACUUUGCGUUGCUAGUUCCACGAGGUUGGUGUACCUAUGAUACAUGCUUUAGAAACAGAAUAUUUUGGUUCAAAGGGAAAAUGGCUCUCAGUCCAUCUGUAGUUCCUCAAGAAAGUAAAGAAGAUAAUGCAAACUGUGUAGAAACAAAACCGUCACAAACCACUUCCAUUGCUUCAGAAGACCCCCUUCAAAACUUAUGCUUAGCGUCUCAGGAAGUGCUGCGUAAGGCUCAACAAAGUGGGAGGUCCCGGUGUCGCCAAUGUGGUGGCUCAAGGAUGUUCUACUGCUACACAUGCUGUGUCCCAGUGGGAAACGUGCCCACCGAGCAGAUCCCAUGUGUGCAGCUUCCAUUGAAGAUUGAUAUCAUUAAGCAUCCAAAUGAAACAGACGGCAAGAGCACCGCUGUGCACGCAAAGCUCUUAGCGCCCGACUCUGUGAACAUUUACACAUAUCCGUGCAUUCCGGAGUACGAAGGGAAGGAUCACGAGGUUGUACUUGUUUUUCCUGGGCCUCAGUCUAUCUCAAUAGAAGAUGUCUCUUUCCAUCUACAAAAAAGGAUUGAAAGUAAGGGUAGAAACAAAGCUGACAACCUUGAUGUGCCACCUCGGAAACUCAAGAGGACUACGGACGAGGAAGGCUGGGAUCUGCAUGAGAGCACACGCCAAGGCCCCGAGUUGAAAAGAGUUGUCUUUAUUGACAGCACCUGGAGCCAGACAAACCAGAUCGCCUCUGAUGAGCGGCUUCGGGAGUUAUUACAAGUUGAACUGAGAACAAGAAAAACUUGCUUUUGGCGCCAUCAAAAAGGGAAGCCAGAUACUUUCCUUUCCACAAUUGAAGCCAUUUAUUACUUCCUAGUAGACUACCAUAGUGCCGUGCAGAAAGAGAAGUACAGAGGACAGUAUGACAACCUUUUAUUCUUCUACUCUUUUAUGUACCGCUUGAUAAAGAAUGCCAGAGGCUCUGGAGAGAAGGCUAAACCGCAGCUCGUCCAGUAGUUCUGCACACCCGCUUGUCCUGGGCUCUUGCAGUCGAGCCUUGUUUACUCCGGGGUGGUAACCAUGUGUUAUGCCCAUGAGAGAACAUGGGGAAGAUUCCAGCCUUGUUCGUUUUAUUGUAUUUUUUUAAAGGGAAUUUUGAAUUUGGGCAAUUUUUAAGAGAUGAUCCUGAUUGAAAGACAAAUCAGAAGCUAUUUGCUCAAUUUGGGCAUAUCCCACUAUACUGUACAUUUUAAUAUGCUGUGUUACAUUUAUGUGAUUGUAAUUAUAUGUGAUUAAAGAGUGUCUUUAUCUUUUCACUUA